AUGUUACGGUCCUUUAGGGAAGAAAUCGCUGAAGCUCAGAGGACAAAUAAGCCCAGUGGUAGGUGCCACUACUGCCUGAUUAUCAGCAAGACCUGUAGAGAAGAGACCAAGAGCAUCCCAGCCACAGGAGGAGCUCCCAAAGAGGAAUACAUGUUUGUCAAUGCAGAGGAGGAAUUCUUUUAUGAGCAAGCCAUCUUGAAGUUCCACUACACAGUCCAAGAAGAGGCAGACUCCUGUUUAAGUGGGAGGUGGUCAUUUACGGACGUGCCCAUGAAGCCUUUCAGGACUGUGAUGCUGGUACCCACAGACAGAAUGCCUGCCAUCAUGGAGAAACUCAAAGAAUAUCUAUCAGUGUGACCUUCACAAUAAACCAAGACACCUAUGGACACAGUGACAGCUUUCAAGCUUCUGAAAAACAUUCAAUAUAUUCAAUUUUUGUACAGUUGGCUUUAGGGAUGCGUGUAUUCAUAUUUAGAAUAUGUAGGGCGAUAGUUUACCCGUUUUUAGAAAUUUUAAAGACAGUUUGUACAAAUUGUAAAGACAUAGGGAAUAAUCACAUACUUGAAUACUGGAAGAAACUACAUGCAACUGCGUAUCAAAGGGUGUUUAUAGGAAGACUUCAAAAUGAGAUGAGCUUGGUGUUAAGUUGUAAACAGAAGAAUGGGAGUAAUGGCUACAGAGCAAAUGAGUGGUUUUUAACACUCAGCUACACGUUUCAUCCCUUCAAGAGCAGACUUUUCUUGAUGUACAUUCUAAGAUAAAUGGGCAAAGCACAGUUAUUCUGAGCAAGUUGUUUCAUACGUAUUUCAGCUUUAAAAUCAGAUCCUUGGAUGUGAAGGUAUAUCAAAUGACAGUGCGCAUAAAGUCCACACCUAAGCAGUGUUGCGGAAAACCCCCUCACUCAUUGUUUUUAGAUCACAACUAUUAAACUGCAAACUUUUCUAUAUUUACAACACAGACAUCUUUGCCUUCUCAGCACUGUAAGCACAUUGGGUAGUACACAUGAGUAAUUUAAUGUAAUAAAUUAAGCUUUACUGUAUUAAUUACACAAAUGUCUUACAAGCAUUCAUGCAUUUGCAGUCUAAAUUUGUGAUUUUCAGUUUACUGAAUCAUACAUCUGUCAUAGGUCUGUGUCACUGCUGCACAGCCACUGUUUACGUCACCACUUAUUGUUGCAGCUUCCUGUUUCUUUUCUUUGCGGUUUUUGGAUCCCUGUGGGUCCAACAUGUCUUGCAGUAUAUCUUUGCUUUCGCUAGGGGGCAGAUUGUAGAAGAAGUACAGUGGUGCAAUUUCAAUGAACCUAAAAGAGAAAUUUGAAAACCAAUAUUAAAUGUAAAACAUUUGCGUCAACACAAGAUAUUGUGUAGAUGAAGAGAUUAAAAAUAUUCAAAUUAAAAUGA